AUGUCAAGUGCUCCACCUGUCGUAUCUCCCGAUGAUCGACUGCUAUUUGCUGUACCGAAGAAAGGUCGUCUACAUGAUAAGAUCCUGAAGCUUAUAAAAGGUGCAGGAUUAGAUUAUCACCGUCCGAAUCGUGUGGAUAUUGCACUCUGUUCGACUUUGCCAGUUACUCUCGUGUUCUUACCAGCAGCAGACAUUGCAACGUAUGUUGGCGAAGGAAAUUUAGAUUUGGGAAUUACUGGACAAGACAUUAUUGCAGAAAGUUGUACAAAUGUGGAGGAAUUGUUAUCCUUAGGUUUUGGACAAUGUUCGCUUAGUGUUCAGACUCCAAUUAAAGAUGCUAUUAAAUCACCACGAGACUUAGCAGGCAAGCGCAUUGUCACGUCAUUUCCUGAAGUCACGCGCGAGUAUUUCAAACAAUUUGAGACACAAGAAACGGGAGUAACGAAGAUUAAGUACGUCUCAGGGUCUGUAGAGGCUGCAUGUUCCUUAGGACUUGCUGAUGGAAUUGUUGAUCUUGUGGAGACGGGAACAACUAUGAAAGCUGCUGGAUUAGAAUUAAUUUCUACAAUUCUAAAGACACAAGCUGUGCUGAUUGCAAAUCCUCACUCAAAACAAAAGGAUUUGGUACACAAGGUUCAUCAGCGCAUUUUGGGCUAUAUUACAGCUACCAAGUACCGAAUGGUGUCUUACAAUGUAGAUAAGGAAAAGCUGGAUGAAGCUACAAAAAUUACACCUGGACGACGCUCUCCAACAAUCAAUAGUCUUGUAGGAGGGGAUUACGCUGUAUCAGCAAUGGUUGAAGUGAACAAUGUGUCGAAUGUCAUGGAUCAACUUCAUGAAGUUGGAGCUACCGACAUCAUGAUCUUUAACAUCGAAAAUUGCCGCGCGUAG